AUGCAUUGUUUUGUUACAGUUGGAAGUACAGAGUUCGAUGGGUUAAUACGUGCGGUAGUUGAACGGAAAUGUUUGGAGUCGUUGAAUCAAAUUGGUAUCACUGAUUUACUCAUACAGAUAGGCCGAGGGAAAGUGCAGCUUAAGAAAGGUAACCGUUGUGGUGUAAAUAUCAACUACUAUCGUUACAAAGAUGACAUUUUACAAGAUAUUACUGGAGCAGAUUUGGUAAUUGGACAUGCUGGUGCUGGAACGUGUCUUGAAGUGCUCCGGUGUCAAAAACCAUUUGUGGUAGUAGUCAACGAAGAGUUAAUGAAUAAUCAUCAAUGGGAACUUGCCGAACGCUUACACGAAUUGGGUCAUAUUUUCUGCACUAAACCGAACGAUUUAGCAGAAAUAAUCAGGUUGCCGGAGAUUUUGAAACGUAAACCAUUUGCAGGGCCUGAUUAUUCAAUUCUAGCAAAUACUAUUCUUCGACAUAUGGGGAUUGAUGAUGCAUAA